AUGUACGCCGCCUACGAGCCCAUCGAGGAGCCCGGCGCGCGGCGGCGGAACCCGCUGAAGGUCGCCCUGGGCACGGGCGCCGUCGUCGCCCUCGUCGCCUUCGCGAGCCUGAGCAGCGGCGGCAGGGGCGCGUCCGACGCGCUCGUCGAGGAGAAGACCAAGGCGUCGAAGGCGACGUCCGGCGCGCCCGACGAGUCGCCGCUGACCAUGAAGCUGCGCGACGACUACGUCGACACCUACGGCAAGCCCGGGGCGCUCUACUCCUGGAUCAACGACUACGACGCCAUCGCCGAGCCCCACCGGUGGACGAAUUUGGUGGCGGAGUGCUCGAUUUGCACGAACGACACGAACGCGACGGCGGGCUGGGCGAACUACACCUACAAGUGGGCCUUCGACAACGGCGACGUCGUCCACGGCGAGUCCAUCCGGCGCAAGUUUACGAUAUUGCGCGAGUACCCCGUGUCGCUCACGGCCUACAUGUCGGGCCACGAGGUCGGCACGUACAACGGGCGGAUCCUCGCGCGCUACAUCCGGCGCGAGAUCCGCCAGCUCACGUCCGGCGACCGCAACCUGUGGCUCAACACGAUGAAGACGCUCUGGGACGUGAAGACGGCCGAGGGCGUCGAGCUCUACGGGCCGUCCUACAUGGACAUCACGGACCUGACGACGUACCACGUGGCGCUGUCGUCGGACAUGACGUGCGACCACAUGCACGACGGUUUAGGGUUCAUGACCCAGCAUCUCGGUUUAACCCUCAUGUUCGAGCAGGCCAUGCAGGCCGUGGACCCCCGCGUGUCGCUGCCCUACUGGGACUUCACGAUCGACCGGUGGCACCUCGACACGGGCAACCUGACGUCGCUCUGGCAGUCGCCCAUCUUCCGGGCCGACGUGCUCGGCAACGUCAACCGGGACACGCUUACCAUCCAGGAGGGCCGCUGGAAGGGCAUCAAGAUCGCCGACAACCAGUGGAGCGGCACGCACAACUCGUACGGCUACAUGCGCGCGCCCUGGAACAACAACCCGCAGCCGCACCUCACGCGCGUGCCGGACAUGUGCGGCUACACGGGCACGACGAUCCCGUCCUGCGUCGAGCACUACUUUUUGCUCACGUCGGACACGUGGUACGACUUCGCGUGGAUCAUGCCCUACGACCCGCACGGCACGGUGCACGAGGUCAUCGGCGGCACGUUCCACUGCAACGAGACGACGCACGACAUCGAGACCUACAUCCACAACAACAUCCAGUGCAACUACCCCCAGUCCCAGUGCGACGAGGAGGUCGAGACCUUCAUGGCCUUCCUCCGGUCGAACGCGUUCGUGACGCUCAAGGACAUGUACCGCGCGGGCCAGCUCAGCCUGCCCGACUACUGCUCCGUGGACACGCCCUUCAGCGAGUGCCACGCGACCUGCGACUCCUACUCGGACAUCGACACCUACUGGGAGACCAUGUUCGCGUGGUGGGAGGACGUCGACGACUUCGACUGGCUCACGGACACGCUCAAGAUGGGCGUCGUCGACAUGAUGUGCGACGGCGGCAUCGGCGCCGACGGCGACCAGCUCGAGUCCGGGAGCCCCAUGGACCCGUCCUUCUGGUCCAUCCACCCGACCAUGGAGCGCAUCUUCGUCUUCAAGAAGAUCUCGAAUACCUUCGAGGACGAGGACUGGCCCGAGCACGGCGCCGCGUCCGUGACGAACUGCACGGGCCACCAGAAGACGUCCACCGUGCCCUUCAAGUUCUCCCUGAAGAACGGCGACGACAAGGGCAACGCCUUCGACGAGACGCUGCUGACGAACGAGGAGGUCUACGAUUUGCUGGACCCGUCGACGUCCGACAUGCCCUACAUCUACCAGGACUUCGCGUGGAAGCACUGCGAGUGGUACGGCUACAACUUCGCCGACCUCCUCGACAACUACGUCGGCACGGCGGGGAACACGGGCCAGUCCCACCUCGCGGAGAAGAAGGGCAAGAAGCCGGCCAAGGGCAACAAGCACCCGUCGCAACGAGGGCGCCGCUGGCUCUACGGCGUCGACGCGGAGGACGCCUAG